UUUCAUUCAAAAAAAAUCAUUACAAUCAAACAUGAAAUUCAGAUUUAUCUGUAAAGCACGUUUCACAAGGAGCAUAAUAUGUUAUUUUCCCAGUCUCUGUAGGCGGGGCGCAGGUCAGCUCUUUAUCAGUGCUUUUCUUUCGAUUUCGAUUUGUGUUGCUGUGAAAAUGGCGUCAGCAGCAGCAGGUAGACGUAGACAUAGUCCAGAUCUUGUUCGUCCUGACAUGAGUGAUCUGAGGAUUGUUCUGCUGGGAAAGAAUGGAUCAGAAAACAACAGUGUGGGAAACAUUAUACUGGGUACAGAAGUGUUUCAGAAUGAAGCUCCAUCUUAUUCACAUCAUCUCAGUGUGGCAAUCAGUGGAAAGGUGGAGAAGACACACAUCAAAGUCAUCAAAACUUACCUGCUCCAUCCAAAUUUCCCACAGCAUCAGAUAAUAGAGGCAGUGAGAGACUGUGUGUCUCUGUCUGCUCCAGGACCUCAUGUGAUCGUACUCGUACUGCAGUAUAAUGACUUCAGUGAAGAGGACAGACACAGAGUGAAAUAUGUGCUGAACCUAUUCAGUGAGCAGGCCAUUAAACACGCUAUAGUGGUGACAACUGAUGAAGAGACACGCACAUCCAAAUUGGCUUCUAAGAUAUGGAAUAAUACAGUUUAUAAUUUAAUAAAGGAGUGUGGAGGAGCACAUCUACAGUUUGAUACAAGAAACCCAGGAUGGCGCUCUGAGUUGAUCAGAAGGAUAGAGGAGAUACGCAAGAAAGAACAUGAAGAAUUUCUCAUCUGUAACAUGUAUGAAGAUGGAGGUAAUGCAACAUCAGUGGAUGAAGAUCUGAGCAGCUCUGGAGCUUCAGACAGAGGAGACGAUGAGAAACAGAAGAAGGAUUCAGAUAACACAGAGAGCACAAAAACAGGACGUGAUGGAGGAGAGGGUGUGAAGCUGAAUCUGGUUGUGUGUGGGAGUAACAGAGGAUUAAAAUCCUUCAUAUCAAAGCUGAUCCUGAAGCAGAGCGAAAGAAGAUCAGAGCUCAGCUCAGAGUGUGUGAGGAGAGACGUGGAGCUUGAUGGACGUCUGAUCAGUCUGGUGGAGCUUCCAGCUCUGUUCAACACUCAGCUCUCAGAGGAGGACAUGAUGCGUCAGACUCACCGCUGUGUGUCUCUCUGUCAUCCUGGAGUUCAUGCUUUCAUCCUCAUCAUUCCUGAUGCUCCACUCAAUAAUGAAGACAGAGCAGAAAUAGAGGAGAUCCAGAGGAUCUUCAGCUCAAGAGUCAACAAACACAUCAUGAUCCUCAUAAAACAGAAUCCAGAGCAUCAGACAGCAGAACUCAAUGAAGAAACACAGUCUGUCAUUGAGAGAUUUGGAGGACGACAUCAGUUCAUCGGCCUGAACACACAAGUGUCUGAGCUGAUGGAGAAACUGGAGCAGAUAGUUGAGGAAAAUAGUGGUGUUUGUUUCUCCACAGAGACAUUGAUGGAGGCACAGAUGGAAAAACUGCAGAAAUUUGAAGAAAUGAAGAAGCGAGUCCAUUCAUUAGAGACGUGGUUUCAGUCACAAGAUUCAAGAGUAAGAGACGAUGAACUGAGGAUUGUGCUGCUGGGAAAAACUGGAGUUGGGAAGAGUUCAACUGGAAACACCAUCUUAGGAGGAAACACAUUUAUUUCAGACAUUUCUCAAACAUCUGUUACUAAAGAGUGUCGUAGAGAGAAAGCUGAAAUCAGCAGUAGACACAUUACUGUGAUCGACACUCCAGGACUGUUUGAUACUGAACUCCGUAAUGAACAGAUCCAGAGAGAAAUGAGUAACUGCAUCUCCAUGAUCCUGCCUGGACCACAUGUGUUUCUCUUACUGAUUCCACUGGGACAAUUCACUCAAGAAGAAGCAACAGCAGUGAAGAUCAUCCAAGAGACGUUUGGUGAAAACUCAUUAAUGUACACCAUGGUGCUCUUCACCAGAGGAGACUUUCUGCAGAACAAAACCAUUGAACAGUAUCUGGGAAAACCUGGUUCACCUUUGAUAAACUUGAUGGAAGCGUGUGGAAACAGAUUCCAUGUGUUCAAUAAUAAAGAGACUGGAGACCAAACACAGGUGACUGAUCUACUGCAGAAGAUAGACAACAUAGUGAAAGCAAACGGAGGGAGUUACUACUCAUGUAAGAUGUUCAGAGAGAUGGAGAGAGAAAAACAAGAACAACAGAUGAAGAUCCUGAUGGAGAGAGUGGAGCAAGUGAACAGAGAAAAAGAAGAACUGGUGAACAAACAUGAAGAAGAGAAAAAGAGGAUGAAGAUGAAGAUGGAGGAAGAACGACAGAAUCAUGAGAUAGAGAGAAAGAGAAGAGAAGAAGAAUUUAUUGAGAGAGAAGAACGAAAUAAAAGAGACAUUAAAGACAUAGAGGAACAAGAGAGAAAGAUACGAGAGGAGCUGAAGAGAGAACGAGAGGAAUGGGAGAAACAGAAACAAGAAGCAAGACAAAGAGAAGAAGAGGAGGAGAAAUGGAGAAAGAAAGAACAGGCAAUGUGGGAUGAAUAUAAUCAGAAUCUUAAACAAGAGAUUGAGAGAAUGAACAUGAAGAUGGAGGAAGAAAGAGAGAAUCAUGAUAAAGAGAGAAAAAGAAGAGAAAUUUAAGAGGAGAACAAUAUAAAAUAGACAUUAAAGAAUGAAGAAGAGAGAGAGAGAGCCCAGAUUUUAUAUGAAUUUUUAAAUUGUAUUAAAAAAGAAUGGUUCCAAAAUAAGUUGUUCCAAAAUAAAUGUCUUAUUUUGGAACAACUUUAAGCAUGUGAAGUGUUAUUUAAGAUAUGUUUAAAGCUAACUUCCAUAUAUUUUAAUAUACUGUGUUAUAGAUGCACUAUAUAAGAACAGCCAAAACAAUGU